CUAAUAAUACACUCACUAUAGUUAUCUAUCUACCACUACCAGACUGAGAAUCUAAGAUGUAAUUGACAAUAUGAACAAUAGAAAGUUUGUGUUGACACCUCAUCGCCACAAUGAGUGAAACAAAAGGGAAGAAGGGGUCCCUACCCCUUGGCUGGAUUGUAAAACAAUCCUCCACAUACAAGGACCGGGUGUAUUACUUCAACCAGAUUACAGGUGUCUCGACUUGGGAGCUGCCAAAGCUGGAUGAAACUAAAGAUACCAAAAUGAAGAAGACCAAAGAAAAAGAUAAGGCUGAUGGGAAAGGCGGUCUGAAAGAGCAAACAAAAAAGAACAAGACAGAAAAGGUUGAUGUCCGAGAGAAGGGGGAUUUUCUAGAUCAGAAACAUAAGAUAAAAUCUAAAGCAGUGGUAAAAGGAAAGAUGGAGGACAAAGAUAAAAUUGAGCUCAAAGUUGAUCCAAAACGCCAGAUGGAAUCGAAAGGAGAACAGGUUGCAGUCAAACGGAAAUCAGAAAGAAAUGACAAGACAGAAUCUAAAGGAAAGGAGGUGGCCAAACGGAAAGUAGAUCUGACAGCUACGACAGAAGAGGGAAUGGUGAAUGAGACAGGCUCUGACCUGGAAGAGGGUGAAGUUGUCGACUCUGUAGAAGAACCUGGGACAAAUUCAGCUGUGCAGCCAACAGCAACGGAUUCCAAGCAACAGUCAGAUGUCAAUGAGUCAGGAUCUAAGGUCAAGGAAGCAAAAGAUUUGAGUGAUUCAGAUUCGCCAGCAGAAUCUCCUUCUAAACGGUCGAGACAUUCUCCUAGGAGGCAUAAACAUAAAAAGCAUAGGUCAAAGAAAUCGUCAAAAAAUGACUUAAGUCCGCAUAGGAGCGACAAAACGGGUAGUGAUAGGGGUAGGAAAAGAUGCAGUGAUUCAGUUGAUGAAGAGGAUAGUUCAGAAAUGAGGGUACCAGUGCGCAGUGCGAGAGAGUUAGGGUUGAAGCCUUUGAAGUUAGAUAAGCCACUGAGGAGGCCUAGGACUUCUAGUGUUAGUGUUGUCGGGCCUGCUCUGGCACCGAAAAGGGCGCCUUGUUCUGUAGAAAGGGAAAAAGAGCAUGAAACCUCGGCUGGAAAGUCAACAGAUAUUAAUCCUGGAGGGUUAGGAGCGGAAUGCCGAAAAUCUUGUUCCAAGUUAAAUUUGGUUGUGAGUGGAAAUGAAGUUGGUACGAAAAAUGGAAUAUCCGAAAAAUCGAGUAGUGUUAGUAUUAGUAGCAAGAUUGAAUCUGUCGCAAAAUGUGAAUCAGUUGAUAAGUCAUCCUUGCUGGAGAAAUCCAGGGGUAUAAGUUCAGGAGAUGUCAGUAAAGCUAUUGAAAGGUUGAAUAAGGCUAUUGAAAAAACUGUUAAGGAAUCUCACAAGAGAAGUAGAGGUGGUGAGUCAGAUGAUUUGAAAUCAAUCUCAAAAUGUUUGAAAUCAUCUCCAGAGACAGAAACUGCUGAAGUUGGGAUGGAAAAGUUGACAAAAAAUCAGCGUAAGAAGCGAGCAAAGGCUCGAGCGAAGACGGCAAAAUUGGUGGAAAAUCUUAAAUUUGUUACAACGCAGAUUCGAAAAGUGACUGAUUCUCCGGAAGAGAAGCGAAAAUUGGAUGCGCUGCGUAAAUCUCAGUCAACAGAGACUUCGGAAGUACCAAAUGUCUCUAUUCAGGAUAGACCUGUUCUGAAAGCUGUGAGGAAAUUGCACACAUUUGGGCAGACUGUUACACCUGACCUGGUGCAAAAAGAGAGUGCUGUCAAUACAGCGGGGCCACUGGGACCGAUUCUUGACUCGAUGAGACCUCGGUCAUUGCUGGUCAAUGCAAUCAAACCUGCUGCAACUACAACUGCUGGGAUUAUUCUGCAAAAUCGGUCGCUUGGGUCUAAGUUAGUUCCAUCCCAAUCUGCAAUAGCUCCACCAGCAACAGUACAAAAUGCAGCAGCACAGGAUAUGAAACUCAGUUUUAAGAUGGCUCCGCAACCGCAGACGAAAAUUCAGCCCAUUGAUUUCAAUCUAUUGAAUGCUCAACAUGCAAAGAAGAAAAUUGUGCCAGUCAAAAAAUCAGACAGGCUAUUUGGAAGACAGAGCCCUGACUUGCCUUUGGACAGUAAUAAUGCAUUGUUCAAUGCUCAACAGUUAGCUGGUCCAAGUUAUGUUGGCACUGGAGCAGAUGAAAUUUCAGGUAAAGAGGAGAAUGAUGCUAAUUGGGAUAGACAACAUGAAUUCAAUUCCAAUAACAUGGCCUCUGGAAAUCUGACCAUGAGCAUGGAACAGAAAGUUGUCCAAAGUGAAGCAUUGAAAACUAUUGAAAAGUCGGGUGGCCUUUUUGGAAAGGGGGCUACAAAAAAUCUGUUUGGAAAGCAGGGGAAUGAGGUUGCGAACCGAAAUGCAUCCCCUGUGUUAGACUUGGAGUCGCCUGAUUUUAUAAGCGAAACAUUACCAUUAUCGAGCCCUGAGGCUAUGCAGCAGGAUGCCUUUUUCUCGCCGAUACACCGUCCUGUUACGCCAGAAUUGACAAUGGAAUUGGCCCAAACAUGGCAAGGAAUGGACACUGUGAUGCAGCAAAAUCCACCUUUCCACACUCCACACAUAACGGGUUACACGAGAAGUGCUAUGACCGAGCCUCUGCCUUUGAGAAGCGACAUGAAUGUAUCACCAUUUGAAGCAGCACUUGGCAUGGGGAACCAGACAUAUCAUGCAGAUGUGAUCGAGUCGAUGGAUACAGAUCAAGGAUCGUCUGUUAAUACGAAACUCUUCAUCGUAUUAGAUACGAAUGUCCUAAUGCAACACACUGCCUACGUUGAAGAUCUACGUGAUCGAAGCUUCAGCAACCUCGGCAAGCCGGUGGUCAUCAUACCUUGGAUUGUCAUGCAGGAGUUGGAUUCCUUGAAAGACAACAAAGGUCCUAAUAGGAUUCUGCAAAGAAGCUACAGUGCCGAGACACAGGCCCGCCUGGCAGUGAAGUUCUUACACACUUGUUUCCAGAGCAAACAUCCACGGAUUGUAGGGCAGACCCCGCGGGAGGCAGCGCUUCCUACCUCAGGAGACCUCACGAUAGAAUCCAAUGAUGACCAGGUGCUACAGUGUUGUUUACAGUGCAAAGAAAAAUAUCCAGAUUCCCUGGUGGUACUCUUUACGAAUGACAUGAAUUUGUGCAGUAAAGCUAUGAUAAUGGGGAUACAGGCAUUUACACACGAGAAUCUCCAAAAUGGUAUCAAUAACUUCUGUGUAGUUCCUGCCGAUGUCGAUGAUGAUCAGCUUGAUAACCUCCGAACCCAUACACCACCAGUUUUGGUAGAUCCAGUUCAGAAAAAGCAAGAAGAUGCUAAAAAACUGGCUGAUGAUAUCCUCUGUGAUUUGAAGGAGAUUCUCCAUGAAGGGCUGUCAAUCGUCCUCCGGUCUGAGCUACAGGCAGUUUAUGAUGACGUAUGGAAAGAUAUAGUCUUCAAGAAACCUCCCUGGACUCUGUGUGAUAUUCUCCAGUCUAUCAAAAAACAUUGGAUUGCUGUUUUUGGAGAUCUAUUUGGUCGAGAUUUAGAAUGCCACAUUCAGGCCCUUGCCAAGCACUUCAAGUCUGGACAAGGUUUUGGUAUUGGUAUAAAGGAGGUGUGUGGUCUGAUCUAUAAUGCAUUAGCUUUAUACGAGCUUGCCAGAAAAUUUAAAAGUCACAAUGCCCCACAGACAUUUGACAGAUGCCUUCAAAAUCUGCACACUCUCCGAAAAAUCUGCCAGGGUGUUCUGAGAGAAAAAUUACCUGUUGACGCAGGGCUGACUCGGCUGAAAGAAAUGGUGCUUAAUCCUACAACAGUGACUUCCAGUGUUCAGGCUGCUACCUCACAAGACUCUGUAUCUGCUUUAACUUCCACAAUGAGGCCGUCUACGUCUGAUAUCACGAUGCUUCCCAGUGGGGGGCGCUCACCAGCCGUCGGGUUCAACCUAAGGCAGAAAGAUGUUGAAGCCGUCCAGAGUAAAUUUCAACAGCUUUGGGAGAAUAUUAAUCACUUUUGUGAUCUCCUGAUGCAAGUCUUCCAAGUCCCAAAUGGUGGUCCUCUACCCCCUGAUCUGCCCAGUCGUGACCAGGCGGUUGAAUUCUUUGCCAGACUACUGCCGUGCAUUGAGCAGCUACGGACAAGCUACCGAAAUAUGCUAAUGUCCUCGCCCGAGCAGCUUGAAGCGCAUCCCCAGGUCUUCCUCAAACUCUGUGAAAACGUCAACUCAUUCUUUGUCAAAUUAGAUGUACAGAUCACAUCACCCCCACUUGAACCCAGCCAGCUCGAGUAUUUUUACUCCGAUAAUGAAAAACGUGAGGUGCUCAAAUGUGGCUAUUCUCAAUUGGAGGAAAUGAUUAACAGGCUGGAAUUCUGUGAUACGCAACUCAUACCUGAGGAAAGACUGAUUAUACACAGUAGCUAAACAAGAUCAGGCGAGCUUAAUUGCCCAACGAUGGCGAUAUCUUGUCCAUCAGUAUGUUUGUAUAGCCAAUCUAUACAGGAGGAUUUCUUUCAAAGUUCUAU